AUGGCAUGAACAUUUUUGGACAACCCAGUAGAGCUCGGAGCACAAAUUGUAAGAGGAUCACUGAGAACAGCAAGAGUGUUUAGAGACCGGCAAAACCCUCUGUCUCUCCCAGAUGAAAUACUGAUACGUUACAGAUUCUCAGCAGAAGGAAUCAAAUAUUUGUGUGUGCUUUUGGAGCCUUUUGUUGCUAACGCACCCUGUAGGAGUCGUGCCCUGACCGUUCAGCAGACUGUCUGCAUUGCGUUGCGUUUUUUUGCCACAGGCACAUUUAGGUAUGCUGUCGGAGAUGCAGAAAAUCUCAGUGAAAACACUGUGUGCUCCACAAUUCAUAAGGUUACUGGUGCACUUGUUGAAACGUUGGAUACGCUUGUCGUGUUCCAGGGACACUUGCCGACGCAGGCUGUAAAAGAGGGCUUCUACAAGAUCGCAGAUUACCCUUUUCAGAGGAUUCAAACAGUGCUCUGUGCGAAAGAUUGCACGCACAUCCCCAUUACUGGCCCUUUGGGUGAAAAUGAGGCAGACUAUGUAAAUCUUCACAGCCUCAACGUUCAGAUGACCUGUGACCUUAACCACCUCGUCACAAGUGUUGAGGCAAAGUGGCCCGGGUCAGUCCAUGACUCCCGGAUCUUCAGGGAAUCAAGGCUGUGUGACAGACUUGAGCAGGGGCUGUUCAGUGGGGUUCUGCUGGGCGACAGGGGCUAUGCCUGCCAAGCCUCACUGAUGACCCCUGACCCUGAAGCAGGACCACAAAACUCAUUCAACAUGGCCCUGGCAAAAACCCGCUCAAGAAUUGAGAACACAUUUGGUAUACUUACAUCUAGAUUUACCUGCUUGCAGGGGUUGAGAGUGAUAAUUGAGAAGAUAAUUGUGUCGUGUGUGAUUCUUCACAACAUUGCCACAAUUAGGAAGGAAAGGGCCCCUGUUGUAAACCCCCACCCCCCUAAUGUUGUGGACCCCAUCACUUUGGACUUCCCCACUGGACACUGGGCAAACAAAGACUUACUCAGUGUCAGAUUCAUCAGCAUGUUGCAAACUGAGGUUCGUGUGAACAAGGGGCCACACCCUGAGCAGCAGCAGCAGCCUCCUCCUCCUCCUCUUCCUCCUCAUGAUGAAGAAUGUCAGAGUUCCAUGGUGCAGAGAGGAAAGCAGACGAGCAGUAACAGGAAGUAUUACAUGCCACCCAACAUAUCGUAG